AGCGUCCUCCUCCUCUUCUCCUUCUUCUCCAUUCUUCUUCAUCGCCAUCGACACCCCUCUCUCUUUCUCUCGCUCUUCGAGUAGGACUUUUGCGAGGAGGUUGCGAUACGCUCGCCUCGCCGGCACCAGGGCCCCGGAGCGCCCUCCGCCGCGCCCCCUUCGCCCAGGUCCGCUUCUACGUAUGGGCUCACCAUGCGCAGGAUUCGGGCCAACGCCAUCGCGAUCCUGACCGUCGCCUGGAUCCUGGGCACCUUCUACUACCUGUGGCAGGACAGUAAGCCGGCGACGGCGGCGUCUGCGCCCUCGUCAGCGGGGAAUCACCACCUGGGAGGUGGGCGCCUGGAGAUCCACCGAGACGACAGGACCAUCCCGCUGAUUGUAAGCCAGCCCCCACGUGGCGAGCAUCAGGAUCUUCUUCUGGGUGGCCUGGAUGAGAAUAAGUACUUGGACGCUAAGCAGCUGAAGCCCGGUGACGACCCAUACAGGGAGCACGCCUUCAACCUCAUCGAGAGCCACCGUCUGGGAGCGCAGCGGCCGCUCAGGGACACCAGACACUACAGGUGCGCCUCCCUAAACUAUGACGUCGACCUGCCGUCCACCAGCGUCAUCAUCACCUUCCACAACGAGGCCCGCUCCACGCUGCUGCGCACAGUCAAGAGCGUCCUGAUGCGGAGUCCUCCGCAGCUCAUUCACGAAAUCCUCCUCAUCGACGACUUCAGCGCCGACGCCGAUGACUGCCAGCUGCUCGCUCAGAUCCCCAAAGUGCGCUGCCUGAGGAACGGCAGGAGAGAGGGACUCAUCAGGUCCCGCGUGCGAGGAGCCAACUCUGCCUCGGCCCCUAUCUUGACUUUCUUGGACAGCCACUGUGAGGUGAACGCUGAUUGGCUGCAGCCAAUGAUCCAGCGCGUCAAGGAGGACCAUACGCGAGUGGUGAGCCCCAUCAUCGAUGUCAUCAGCCUGGACAACUUUGCUUACUUGGCCGCCUCGGCCGACUUGAGAGGAGGAUUUGACUGGAGUCUCCACUUUAAGUGGGAGCAGAUUCCCAUAGAACAGAAAAUGGCCAGGAGUGACCCCACGCAGCCAAUCAGAACCCCGGUAAUUGCGGGGGGAAUAUUUGCAAUGGACAAGAGUUGGUUCAACCAUCUUGGACAGUACGACACUCACAUGGACAUCUGGGGUGGGGAGAACUUUGAGCUGUCGUUCCGCGUAUGGAUGUGCGGCGGCAGUCUGGAAAUCCUGCCGUGCAGUCGCGUGGGUCAUGUGUUCCGGAAGCGACACCCGUACGACUUCCCAGAAGGCAAUGCUCUCACCUACAUCAAGAACACGCGGCGGGCCGCCGAGGUGUGGAUGGACGAGUACAAGCAGUACUACUACUCGGCCAGGCCUUCAGCACAAGGCAAAGCUUUCGGCAGCAUAGCCGACCGUCUGACGCUGCGCCGAAAGCUGAACUGCAAACCUUUCCGCUGGUACAUGGAGAAUGUUUACCCUGAGCUCAGGGUUCCCGAGCAGGAGGCCGUGUCCAGCGUCCUCCGACAGGGAACGUUGUGCCUGGAGACCCGCGGGAUGGACGGACUCGGCCUGGCGGAGUGCAAAGUGGUCAGAGGCAGCAGGCCGCAGGCGCAGAGGUGGGAGUUAAUCGAGCCGUUGAUCCGGCAGCGCGACCUUUGCUUGGCCAUCACGCUCUUCACCGCGGGGUCAAAGGUCACCAUGGAGCCCUGCAACGCCAAAGAGCCUCGACAGAAAUGGAAGCCCAAAGGCUCGGCCCUGCAGCACACAGUUAGCGGACUGUGCCUGGACAGUCAGAGCACAGUCGGCCCGCUUGUCAUUGCACAGUGCCGCCCUCUAGUGGCCAGCCAGGCCUGGGAGCCUCAGAUCAUCACAUGAAGGACCAAAGGAAUGUUCCGGCAACAAAAGAAUUACCUUGGCCUUGCUUCUGAAGCAGUGUAGGAUGCUCCAUCUUUAAAGGAGGCUGCAGCUCUUCUAACCUUAACUUCUUGCUUGUUGUUUUUUUUUUACAUUUACUUGUUAAUUCCUGAAAGGGGACAUCUUAUGGAAAUUGGACUUUUUCACGUUUGUGCAGUGAACCCCUGCAUAUUUACGGAUUUUUAGGGGGAUCGAUUGUCUGUGAUCCACUGAUUUUGAAAUAAUACUUUGCCGCCACCUUGUAGCAUCUUGGAUUCAAGGAACUGUUGAGCUGAAGGGAGAAGUUUAAUUUAUGGGUGAGCGUCAUUUACUUAGUAUGCCUGUCCACCAAUCAAAUGUGAGCUAAAAUGACCAAGUAAAGCUUUGGUAAUCUGCCUGUUUUUGAAAGUGUGUCUGAGUGAGUCGUUCCCAACUUUGUCCCACUGCGAUGUCACAAUUUGGACUCUGCCGACGUUCUUUAGGUGGUAAAAUCUUAUGAUAGAGAUGUUCUUAAUGUGUGGAAUAAAAGUCGUCUCAGAUUCUCAAAUCGCAACCAGGUUUUGGGUGGAUGGUUUAAAAGAUAUUAACUGUAGUUUUAUUAAAAGUUUCUCUCUGUGCCUCAGGACUGAUGACUUCUUCAGUUUUGUCCUGGUUAAGCCAGAGAAAGUUUUCUGCCAUCCAGGAUUUGACAUCUGAGAUGCAGUUAAAAGGUGCAUCCAUUGGCCUUGUGUCACUCUGAGCCACAGAGAUCUACAUUUGUGAAUCGUUGGCAUAACUGUGAAAGAUGACUCCAUGUUUCCGGAUAGCAUCACCAAGAGGGAGCCUGUAUGGGUCUAAAAGCACUGGGCCUAAACUUGAACCCUGGGGCACACCACAUGAUUUUAUGGACCUUAGAAAAGCAGGUAUCUCGACUUACCAUGAAAGUUCUGGGGGGGGGGGGGGGGGGAGAGGCACUGGCUCACAGCUCCGCCCCUUAAAGGAGCCCAUAACACCAUGGCAAGAAAUAUACUGUAAAAGUACAUCUAUGAUUCAUGCUCCUCCGAAUAUAAUAUACAUAAACUAAAAUCUGAGGGAAACAGAACAUUUUUGUAAAAAAAAAAAAUUCCUGGAGAAGAUGAUUCAGCACGAUAUUAAUGCAGCCUUAAGACUUCAUACGACGCUCAUGCAAAAUGACAGUAAUGGAGUGAGGCCACUCUAAUUCUCAGUGGGUAAAUUAUGAAGAAAAAAAGCAUAAUAUGCCUCCUUUAACAAAAUGUAAGAGGGCUGAUGGGUACAAAGCUGUGGUCAGGUGAAUUUUUUUUAAUUUAUUGUUCUGCAUGGUUGCACCCAACGAAUGUUUUUUUCCUUCUUCCUGUCUUGUCAUACUGUACUCAUGUGCUGGAAAUACUUGUACGUGUAUAUUUGCUUGAUAUUUGCUUGAUGUGUGUGAGUGUGCGAAUGUGUGUAAAGUACACUUGACAAAUAAAAUAGAGUAACAAAGAA